AUGCAGGCAGGUCUUCUGUUCCCGCUCUCCCCAAGCUUCAGCACCUAUUCCGAUCCCAACCUCGCCGGUAUCGCCGCCCGCGUCGCCGACGAAUUCGAUUCCGGUGAGUUUUACGACGACUAUUACUUCGAAAUACGAGAUAAUCCAGCACAGGUCGAUCAACGAGGUGAAGCAAUUUCAGAUAAUUGCAAUGCCGACACGGACUCCAGCGAUCUCGAGGAGUAUUUCGAUCUCGAUUUCGCGUUCGUGAACAGGGAAUCGGAGCCGUCGUCCCCGAUUCGGGCCGACGAGAUCUUCCAAAACGGUAAGAUCCGACCUGUUUACCCUGUUUUCGACAAAUAUCUGUUGCUCCGGCGGCAGGGGAAAUCUCCGAGCGAAGACCAAACUGGGGAUGGUGAUCGGAAUUCGGGUUCGGGCCGGUCUAAGGUUCGGCAUCCGCUUAGGGAUCUGUUAAUCGAGGAAAGGGGGACGACGAUUUGGAAGGCGUCCUCGAGCUCCUCGUCAUCGGAGGCCGACGAGCAGCCGAUGACCGAUUCGUACUGCCCAUGUCAGCCGGAGGCGGCGGCGGAGGAAGGCCUGGCUACGAAAAGCCUCUCCGCGUGCAGGAAUUCGAAGCGGUGGAGGUUCAAGGUGAAGGAUUUCGUGCGGAGGAGCCAGAGCGACGGGAGCAAGAGCAGUAUCGUCGUUUUGACUGACGAAACGAAAGCAGUUAGAGAAACGCUGGCGGGUGGCGGCGAAGUGAUUCCGACGCCGCGGCCGCCGUACAAUCGGGACGGUGGCGAGAAGCGGCGGUCGUACCUGCCGUACAAGCAGGAUUUGGUGGGGUUCUUCGGUAACGUGAAUGCGCUGAGAAAGAAUUUAAAGCGCUCUUGA